AUGUCUGCCGCUCACCAACAUACAGCCAUUAUGCCAUCCGGAGUGGCCGCAGCAAGGGCCAAACUCACCACAGCCAAACGUACCUAUUUGGCGGCAAAGAGAACAUACGAAGCUUACAAGAGCAAAGUGGAACCAGAGGUUGCGCCAGACCAGGAGCGGCCGGAAAUAAGUCGCCGCGAGAGCCAUCAGUUGGCAUCGCUUGGAGUGGAAAUGGCUCAGAGGGGGGAAGAGUUGUUCGAGCUGGAGGAAGCCGUUGCGGACGAAGAGCUCAAAGCCGGCCUUAUUGACCAAAACACCUGUACGAAGCGUCGCGUGGAAGCGUGGUCACGCUCCUCUUCUGCCGGAGACAACUUAUGGCAUCACCAAGUGAAGAAGGCGCGAUUCGAAGAUGCCGGAGCAGUCCGGAUGGUCGACCUAUAUGCUGGUGAGAUUCCUCAGCUGCUUUUGAGUCUUUACAAGUCAUGCGAUGGGCAGGAUAAGAGCAAGAAAAGACGCUCAAAUUGGCGUCGGGAUGCUUUAGCCUACUACAACGGCGAUAGCAAUGACCACGAAGGCGUCGCGCCUGGCAAUGCUUGGUGCCAUAUAACCGGCAUAUGGCAUGGAGCAAAAUUUCAUAAAGCUGCACACAUCGUGCCCUAUUUCCUGAACGGCUUUGGUGAAGUGCUCUUUGGUGAACGAGCCCAAUCACUUCAACGAGAGGGUAAUGCGCUGCUUUUGUCAGACCGUAUCAAGGAGUGGUUCGACAGCUAUCACAUCGUAGUUGUCCCAGUCGAUUCGAGCGAGUCUCCCAUCAGACGAUGGCGCACGGAGCUUAUUUCGCCUGAUAUCCGGAAUAGUGAACUAUUCCCAGGCUAUUAUGGCAGGGACCUCGAUGGAAAGGAGCUGGUGUUUCUCAACGAGAACCGUCCAGUCUCACGCUUUCUCUAUUUCCACUUCAUCAUGGCGCUUAUUCGCAUUAAGGACCUCCAAUGUCUCGGAUGGGAGAAUGUUUGGGCCCGAUUCUAUAAUCUACGUCCUUUUGGAACACCAGGAAAUUAUAUGCGAAGGAACAUGUUGCUUGCCCUUGCCACUCAUCACGGAACUGUUGGCCUGGCUGAAAUGUCGGCUUACAUUGCAGGACACGGCUUCGAUACACCCAUAAACCUCACCGAAGAAGAGACUGCAGAAGCUGCUCGCCGAGUGCGCAAGCUCGUAGAGGCAGCCAUUAACCGUUCGGAGAAAGAGGGAAGCGAUGAGGGGAGUGAGGAAGAGAGCGAUGAAGAGAGCAACGAGCGCGUAGAGGAGAUUGGAGAGGAGGAGGAGUAA